UCAGGAAGGGAACGUCGCAGACAACCACUAUCAAAUUCGAGGAUUUGUGAAUGAAAAUUAGCACGGAAGUUUUGUCUCGGAAUUGUUUUGGAAGAAUUCGCAAUAACAAAGUACAUUGUCUGUGUUAUUUUUAUUUUGUAUGUCCAAGUUAUGUGUGACAGCCCCAAUCAGUAGGUGUAAAAUGAAGAGUACUGAUUUAAGUGCAAUCAAUCCAGUGCAUCCUUAGUGGUAUAAACUCUCUCCUGACUUACUUUUCUCACAAUGUGGGUUGCAGAAAAACAUAAGAAAUUUGCUGUGGCCAUAUACAACUGGAAUGGCUGCGAUACCCGGUACGGACUCUCCUUGGAAAUCGGAGACACCGUUCAAAUUUUGGAAGAAUGCAUGGGCUGGUACCGAGGCUUUUGCACUAAAAAUCGAUCCAUCAAGGGUAUCUUCCCUUGUAGCUACGUGUAUGUUAAACCAUGCAAGAUUGAAAAUGAAGGAUUAUUUGAAACUGCAGUUCCUUUAGAAGACCCUGCUGUGCGGGAAGUUGCCUUAGUCCUGCGAGAAUGGAAUCUCAUCUGGAAAAAUGCUUAUGUGGAUCGAGAGACCUACAAAUUUACAAUCUUACGGAAAGUUAUGUGGGAAUUGUUGGACUGGAGGCGUCAACUUCUAAUGGGAACUUUGACUCAAGACCAAACGAAAGAGUUAAAGUUACGGAUCACAUCCAAAAUUGACUGGGGCAACAGGAAACUGGGCUUGGACCUUGUUCCAAGAUGUGAGGUGGAACAAGUUGACCCUGCUACCAUGAGUAUAGUCGAGUUAUAUCAUGUUCAUAUUCAAAGUUCCGAAAGUACUCAGGGAAUUUCGGCUCGUGGGACGAUCAGAAGGAGAGAAGUAGAUAAAGUUUUAACUCAUCAUCUCUAUUUGUGUAUGAGAGAUUUUGGACAUUACAUUGGUGAAGAUACAGAAGUCUAUUUUUCUCUGUACGAUGCAAAAAAGAUGAAAUUUAUUAGUGAACGUUUUCUAGUCAAAAUAUCUAAAGAAGGAUUUUCAAAUUACAUUGAAAAGCUAAAUAGUAAUUGCACAAUAUUUAUAGAUCUUGGAAACAGUGAUCUUACUAAAGAUACAUUCAUUGUUGCUCAUGUGAUGCGAGUGGGCAAGAUGCUUUAUUCAGAUUCUUCGAAGAAAUCAUCAACAUCCACCCUCAGUCAUUCCUCUGGCUCGGGAUUCAAGCGACCAAAUGGUGUAGCAGUAUUGAACAUCGGGGAUAUGGUCACAUCCAGUAAUGAAGAGAAAGAGUUCACGUUCAAAGUACACACAUGUGAAGAAAAGGACUUCUACCAACUUCACGAGUUCAUCAUCAAGAAGCAAACGAAUAAAUUUAAUGUUUUACCCGGUCAGCCCAACUAUGGUAUCGAUGUGUCUUUAAGAUUAUUACAUGGAGAGUUGAAUCAAGUUCGGGAGGAAAACCCCCUCCUCUUCAAAAGUAUUUCUCUGUCCCGUAAAUUAGGUUUUCCCGACGUCAUAAUGCCUGGCGAUGUUCGAAAUGAUCUAUAUUUAACUUUGGAGCGAGGCGAAUUUGAGAAGGGUGGAAAGUCAACAGGGAAGAACAUUGAAGUUACAGUUUUAGUCCUAGACUCAGAAGGUCAACGUAUUCCGAACACAUUAUGGGGUGCUAGUGGAGUUGAUGGGAGCAGUGAAUAUCAGUCCAUGAUCAUUUACCAUCACAAUUCACCUGCUUGGUUUGAAACAAUUCGGCUUACAGUCCCAAUUGAAAAGUAUCAAAAUGCUCAUGUCCGACUAGAAUACAAACAUUGCUCAACAAGAGAUAAGACUGAUAAUAAAAAAUUGUUUGGGUUUUCAUUUGCCCGGCUCAUGGAACCUAGUGGUGCUACUUUACAAGAUGGAUCUCAUGAGCUUUUCGUGUUUCGUUGCUACGAGAAGAGCAAACUUGACCCUUCGUUGUACCUUGGAUUAGCUUCGGGACCUAAUGACCCUGUCGGCAAAUGUGAUGGAACCGUAUUUUCUGUUAGUCAUAAAGAGAUGGUUUAUAUUCGUACCCUUCUCUGCUCCACUAAACUCACUCAAAAUGUUGAUCUGCUGUAUUUACUGCAAUGGAAGCAACAUCCAGAGAGAAUCCAGGAAGCCUUGAAACGAGCUUUGAAGUUAGAUGGAGAAGAGUUAGUCAAAUUUUUGCAAGAUGUUUUAGAUGCCCUUUUUUCAAUGUUCUCUACUGAGGAUGGAAAUUCCACUUCUCAUUCAGGACUAGUCUUCCAUGUUUUGGUUAGUAUUUUUAGUUUGCUCUACGACAGCAAAUUUGAACAUUUCAAACCUGUCAUGGAUGCCUACAUCAAAGGUCACUUUGCUGCUGCUCUAGUCUAUAAGGGCUUACUGAGCAGUGUUCAGCACUGUGCAGACUGGGUUAGCUCAACUGAAAAGCAAGAACCAAUCCAAAAAUGCUUCCGGUCUCUAGAAUAUAUUUUUAAGUUUAUAAUUCAUUCUAGAUUGCUGUUUUCUCAAUCCACCGGUGGAUUGUAUGAGGACAAUUUCAGGAGAGAUUUACUUUUAGUUUUUUCAGCAUUGAAUAAAAUGCUAACCGUCACUUAUGAUGUCAUUCUUCCUACUCAGAUAGCUCUUUUGUACGGUAUCAGUGCUGUCUAUGACCAGUUAGUUUUAGUCUUACCAAUUUUAGAAGUUACUUCAUUAGCUUGCUCUCUUCUGGAGAGCUUGUCUGUUCGAGACAUUCCAUUGCAACUUGUUCAAGCCAAACUUGUCGCCAUCAAAAACAUGAUCUCAGGAAAAUUAUUCAAAGAAGACGAGUCUCGCAGUAUCUUACUGGCUACCUGUUGCAAACAUUUAAGAAUACAUUUAGCUCAUCGAGAUGAGCUUCGACUCUGUGCUGAAAUAUUAGGCGAAAUUUUAUCAUUCCUUUACCAACAGAAGCGACAGCAGAUAAAUGAAGGAGGAAAGGUGAAUAAUUGUUUCCAUCAUGAUGUGGAAAUUAUAUGCCUCAGUACUCUGGAUAUGUUGAUUCAAACAGUCCUGAUCAUAAUUGACAGAUCCUCUCCUGUAUUGGGGUGUCUGGUGGCGUGCCUUAUAGCAUUACUUCAACUGCUGGACGAAUUUCAUUACAAGCGGCUGUGGGAGGAACUAGCGGACCGAAAGCCCCUGAAAGAUUUUCUGUUACGCAUAUUCCUUGUUUUCCGAGAUCUCAUUCGGCAAGAUGUCUUCCCGUCUGAUUGGCUCAUUAUGAGAAUGAUGACUAAUUCUGUAAUUUUAGCAACACUGAAAGAGCUUUCCCAGCCUCUUGUGUUUUGUUUCCUGGAAUCUAGGUACCACUUCGAUAAUCAGGUGUGGAGCAACUAUUUCAAUUUAGCAGUAGAGUUCCUAACGCAACCCUCUUUACAAUUGGAGAAAUUCAGUGAUGUAAAGCGGGAGAAAAUAAUUGAGAAGUACGGUGAUAUGCGUGUUUUAAUGGGCUUCCAAAUUCUCUCAGUCUGGUCGAAACUAGGAGAGCAUAAAAUUAACUUUAUUCCAUCCAUGGUCGGACCGUUUCUAGAAGUGACUUUAGUACCUGAAUCAAAAUUGCGCAAAGCUACUCUUCACAUAUUUUUUGAUAUGAUGGAGUGCGAACAGAGAGCUCAUGGAAAUUUUAAACAAGUGGAGUCAGAGCUCAUUGACAAACUUGAUAUUUUAAUCAGUGAAAAUAAAGGUGAUGAUGAGUACAGGCAGCUUUUCAAUACUAUGGAGCAUUUGAGUGCUGUUCUCUUGGAUAGAGUUCAAAGCGAAGAUCCCUCAUGGAAAGAAACAGGAUCUGCAUUUAUUAGCUCUGUGACACGAUUGUUGGAACGAUUGUUAGAUUAUCGGAGUGUCAUCCAAGGAAAUGAAAACAGAGACAAACGAAUGUCUUGUACCGUAAAUUUGUUGAAUUUCUACAAGAAUGAGAUCAACCGAAAAGAAAUGUAUCUGCGGUACAUUUACAAACUCCAUGACCUGCACUGUCCUGCCGACAAUUUCACAGAGGCUGGUUUUACACUAAAAUUGUAUGCUGAUUCUCUAAGUUGGGAGUCAAAAACACCUCUAACCAAUGACCCGCAAAGUCCCAAUACAUUUGAAUGGCGUAGAAAAGAACAGCUUUACCAUCAAAUCAUCAACUACUUUGACAAAGGAAAGUGUUGGGAGAAUGGUAUCCCCCUGUGUAAGGAGCUAGCUGACCUGUACGAACAUCGCCUCUUUGAUUAUCAAAAGCUGAGCUCGAUUCUUCAAACGCAAGCAAAAUUCUGCGACAACAUUCUUCAUCAGUUGCGCCCAGAGCCAGAGUACUUCCGCGUUGGGUUCUAUGGUCUUUCGUUCCCACUCUUUGUUCGUAACAAAGUCUUUGUGUAUCGUGGACUUGAAUAUGAGCGGAUUGAGGCUUUUACUCAACGACUUCAAACAGAAUUUCCUUGCGCCCAGGUUCUGACGAAAAAUAGUCCACCCUCACACACAAUUCUUGAGUCAGAAGGACAGUGGAUUCAGAUUACCAAUGUUAAACCUCUUCCAGAAAGUGGACCACCAAGCUGUCGAGUACCCUUGGCCCCUGUACCCGAUAAAGUUGCUCGAUUCUACCAGGUGAAUGAUGUGAGAACUUUCCAGUUGGAUAGACCCAUGCACAAAGGAACAGUCGACAAAGAAAAUGAAUUUAAAACACUGUGGCUAGAACGAACAAUUUUAUCAAUUGCUUCUCCACUGCCUGGCAUCUUGCGUUGGUUUGAGGUAGUGCACAGCUCGAUGGAAGAGGUACCACCGGUCAGGUUCGCCUGUGAAACAAUGCAAAAUGUCAAUAAAGACCUCAGAAACCUGAUAAGCCAGUACAUGGCAGACCCACGUAGAAAUAUCAAUCCAUUGAGUAUGCGAUUACAAGGGAUUAUUGAUGCAAAUGUGAUGGGUGGUAUUGCUAAGUACCAGCAGGCGUUCUUCUCUCAGGAGUUCUCUCGAGCAAAUCCACAGUGGAUACCCCACGUACACCAGCUCAACACACUUAUCCAGGAGCAGGUGGAAAUUGUUGAAAAUGGGCUUAUCAUUCAUGGCAAGUUUGCCCCGGCUGGAGUUCAGCCACUUCAUAAAAGACUCGUUGAAAGAAUUUCUGAGCUGAAGCAAAGUAUCCGCAAGUGUCCAGCUGAUAGCAUUAUCAAUACCCCAUUGCCACCAUUACCAACAGAGAAGAAAGGAAAUUCCUACGAUGAGUACACCAACACUGUUGGAUAUGGUCACUUAACUGACUUGAACGAUGAUGAUAUUUACAGCAAACCCAUGGAACUUCAAGAAGAUUUGAAUGACUUAUCGAACCAAGAUGGAAACUCACCACCAGCAAUUCCACAAAGAGAAAAUCGACCAAGAUCUGCUGGGUUCAGCACAUCUCCUUCAAGUAGCAUUGAGAUAAAACCCAAAAGGCAUCAGCGAUCACUGAGUAAACCUCUUAGUCCCAAGUUGCUUCAAAGGCAUUCAGUGGACAGCGGGACUGGUAGCUCAUCAAAUUUACGGAAUUCAUGGUCAGAUGCAAAUAUGGAUGAAGCUCCACCCUUACCACCUAGAGGUCACACUCCCGAUAAGCAUGCAACUUCAGGGCCACCAGUUUUACCAAAAAGGCCUGUGACAAGAAGAGGAUCAGAGUCUCUUGCUGAAAGUGAUACUGACAGUUUUAUUUUCCGUGACUCUGGAUAUUCAGAUAAUAUUUCUUCGACCAACACAUUCAAUAACCUGUCUAUCUCAUCUCAAUAUGAAGAAUUUAUUCUGACUCCUCACACCGGCAAUUCAAGUACCAAUGUUGGAGUGAACGUCCCUCCUUCUACGCCGCCAGUUCCUCCCCCUCUACCUCCAAAAUCUACUGUCGCAUUUUCUGAAGAUCAUCAAGGUAAUUUCCAGUCUUCCUCCACACUAAAUCGUAUAGCAUCAUCUGAAAACUACUCCGUGCCAAAACUUCAAAACAGUGAUUCUACAAAUGUCAAAGAUCCUGCCUGAAGGGAUGUUUGUCAAUGAUAAAUCGGCCAAUACAAGCUGAAUCUCAAGCUGAAGCAAUGAAUUACAAGCUAAUUUAGAUGUUUUUUCUGCUAUCUAGAUGCCAGGAAAUUCUUUCCAAGGAUCUAAGGAAUUUAUUUUUAUAUGCUCAGAUUUUAUGUAUGAAAAGAGGAAUUAGUAAUGAGCACCCAGGUUCAAAACUCAGGACCCUUCCUUUGGACUAGUUUGAUAAAGGCAUAAAAUAAGAGUUGAAAAACAUGGCCUCAUUCGAGGAAUACAAAGAAGAUUCAAAUUUUAGGCGCUGAUUUUAAUAUGUACCGUGGAAUCGUGAUAAGGUGGAUAAGUUCAGGAACGGCAGUUGUGUCCGACUUGGGCUAAUCGUAAGUUCCAAAAAUGCCGAUUCCAGCAUUAAUCGGAAUUUUCCAGGAAAAAGGCCUACGAAAAGUAAUGUAUCACAAAUUUGUAAGUAGACAUAUUUAAGAGGUAAUUUGCUGAUCUUGGUUGAUUGGAAAAUCAGCGAGUUUCUUCUGGCUUUAUGAAACCUGAUCAUGCAUAAAGGCUGUGAAACACUGAGGGUAAAGCAAAGUUUUAUUGAUGAGGAUGCUGUGCAACAGGAAUGUUGUGUGAAAGUAUGUGCUCAAAAGUACGCCUCCUAAUAGCAAAACGUUGUCAGCAACUCUGGCAAAUCCUGAAAUUCUUUAUGCAUAAGAACAACAGGACCAGAGAAAAAAUCCGAAUUUCUGACUUGGUAAGCCGUGGCUUAUCAAAAUUCCACUUUACCUUUUAAUUUUUCACUAGAGAAAAAUUUUUGAGGUAGAAAACCCCUUUACAAACUCAAAAUGAGAGGAGAUGUGAAUUUUUUAGAUGUACAUGUAUUAUAUCAGUUUUAAAACGUCAACAAUUAAAAUUUUUUGUCAGGCAAUUUUUUUUUCAUACAGAAAAAAUUUAAUCAUGUGAAUAAGUUUUUCUAUGCAAGAGGGAAGUCUCACAAAUAAUGAUGCCUCAAAAGUUGCAGUGAUAAGUUUUAUUCAUUUAGAAAUCUUCAUGGAGGUUUGCAACUUCAGUCGUCAUUGAGGUUCAGUUCGAGAAAGACUUGAGAAAAGGACUUAAAACUGACAAAUGCUUUCACCUGUUUCAUUAAAUCGGGGCAGUCUUCCAUUAUGAAAGCCUAUUGACUUUGAAAAGCUCGUAAAAUUAUACAGAUUUAAAUGUCAAUGGUUUGUUGCUCCUACUGCCACAACCUCCUUUCAAGGGAAAGUAAUUCCUCUUUUAUAAGGGAUACAUAAGUAUAUACUUCCUGCUUCUUUAACUUGAAGGGAAGUUUUUAUUUUUGACAAAGGAAACAUUAAAUUACAUAUGUUAAUUAAUUAGAUACGUCUAAAACUGGAUCAGUGGAUAGAAAAUUGUGCCAAAAAUUGCUUUUUCAUUUACAAUAAGGCUGAAAGCUGUUAGUUUAGGCUACAGACUCACAACCUGAUAAUAAUUCGAUGACAGCCUUUGUCAGAAAAACUUUAUUAUUAUAAAGAAGCCUCAAAAAAAUGUUCUAUUCGCAACGUACAGUCUUUAUUUUAAGUUUUUAAAAAUUUGAAUCGCCUGUAGGGGAGUGUAGCUUUUUACUUCUGACACCCUUCUACUAAAUUUCAUUAAACGCCUUAGUGUAUUGCAUUUAUUUUACAUUUAUGUAUUCGGUGACCAAAAACCAAUACUGCUCCCGAUCACAAGAUAAAAAAAAUUGAUUCGAAAUAUGGUGGAAGAAAACAGGUGUAGAGUAGCAACUGCAGGAAAGCAUCAUGGAAAAAAGAUGAGUCCUCAAGUUGUGAUGUAGGGGUCAGAUCUUCUCUCUCUUACAUGAUAACAGUCCUCAUGCACAAAGCCUUCUCUUAAGAGCUGUGAUGUUAGCGUCAAAAGAGCCAAUCAGAAAUGAGCUUGUUCCUUGUCCAUACCUAUUUUUCUUCUCCCAUUACUCAAAUGAUUUUGUAAUUGAUUCACAUUUACCAGUCACGCAUUUGUUUCUACUUUAAGUUGUAAUACUCUUUGUUUUUUACUUUUUUGCCAUAUUGAACCAAAGACUUGAUAGAUUUUAUUUUUAGCUAUAAAGUGUACUGUCUGCCAUUGUGUAGAAGAUCUUACAUUUUUGCCAUAAGGCUCUAAUUUUUUAAUCAUUAUUUUUUUUUUCAAAGAAUCGAUUUUUGAAAAAUAUAAAAGUAAAAAUGUGCAUGAUAGGUACACAAAAUUUGUAUCCUAAUUAUUAUUGGCAGUUUUUUUUGUACUGAGUAAAUUAGUUUGUCCCUCUUUUUGACAACAUGUGGAUUCUGUUUCUUGUGCAGUGCAUGAAAGAAGAGAUGUAUUUUGUUUGCCCCAGCAACAAGUCAUUUGUGUUAGUUUUUCACAGCCAAUGAGAGAGCAGCUGCCUAAAGUGAGGUUAGACAUCCUGUUACAACCCUGCCGAAACAUGCUUUGAGGACGUUCCGUCUGUUUCAAAGCAAUGUUCCGAAAACGUUGCCAAAUUGUGCAAAAUAAAUAAACAAAUAAAAAUAGGCCACCCCCUCAACAUAAACAACAUCCGAACAAAAUACGGUUCUUACAAGAUGUUCCGGAUUGUUGCGUCAAAUAAAAUACAUUUAACCGAUGAUUUUCCGAUGAUUGUGAUUUUCUUCUCGACCGAACGUCAAUCAAGUAAUGUGCACACAUCACCUAUCGCGAUGUAAAUAUGUUGACAGUUUUAUACUUUUUUUCCAUUUGUGACCAACAGUAAGAAAAAGAUAAGAAUAUAAAAAAUUCAAUAAUAACAUUUUUUAAAACAUGCUUCCAAAAUCUCCUCUCCUACUUCUGCUUUUCUUCAAACCAAAAUCUCCUAUGCAGUUUAAAAUUAUUUUUCCAGUUUAAAUUUUUGUUAACCUUUGUCUCUCAGUAAAAAAAAGGCACACUUCUAUGUCAGACAAAUGUUUGUACAGUAAUUUUAUAUUUAUGCAUCUAUAUAUUUUGUACCAGUCCUUACUUUCAUAUAAUAGUCAAUUCUUCUUUUCUAUUUUGUAUCUCCUGUCAGAUGUAAUAAUUUUUGUACCAGAUAAAUUUUUUUCUUUAUGUAUGUGUAA